AUGUGCUAUCAAGUCGUCGAACGGUUCUCCGUCUGCCGGUGCCUCUACUACAGACACUCAAUCGAUCCGUGUGCCGCUCACGGACAGCGUGGCCACACAAUUCAGGAGAAAACGGUUCUCGUGGGUUAUGCCUGCAGCAGUCAUGGCAGUCACCGACCAGAGGCUGCCUACGGCACUGGAGUCCUUCCAGAUUCUGGCUACGGAAGUGGUGCCUACUCGACACAUCGAUAA